CGAUUCUGAAAUCACUAUAAAAACAAACUCAACAUAACCUGUUACUCUGCGUGAAAGAAUUUUAUAUUAAAGAAUUUAAAAGUGUCUCAGGAAGACAAGGAAAUAUUAUUAUUAAUCAAGUAGUGUUACCAUUGCAGCGAUAUAUAUAUUAUUACAUAAUUAUCAAGAAAUUGUUGGUUGCAUCUCGAGCUCCGAUGCGCAGUAAAUAAUGAGAAGAAGAACCGUGUUUAUAUUACUAAAAAAAAUCAAUUGGCUUACAAUUUUAAUUUUAAUUCUAUUUUAAUUAAUAAACCGAGUUUCUUCUUGUAUGACGGGAGCACUUCCAGUUCGUCGUUAAGUAUGACCGAUAAACAGAAAGUCCUUAUUUGCGGGGACGUGGAGGGACACUUCAAGUUCCUGUUCUCCAAGGUAGACACCAUCAACAGGAAGAGCGGUCCGUUCGACUUCUUGCUGUGCGUCGGCAAUUUCUUCGGCGCGGACAACUCCGAGUUAGAGCUGUACAAGUCCUGCGAGAAGGCCAUCCCCGUGCCGACGUACGUCAUUGGCCCUAACAGGGAAUCGGACCUCCAGCACUACUCUGACGGCGACGGAUACGAGAUAUGCCAGAACCUUACCUAUCUUGGGAAACGCGGUCUCUACACCGCCAGCUCGGGCCUCAAAAUAGCGUACCUGAGUGGGACUGAGAAGACGUCGACCAGCAAUGAAGCCAUACAUUUCAGCGAGCUCGACGUCAUCGCGAUCAAGAACAGCUGCCUGAAGGGCCAACCGAGUUUUCGCGGCGUGGAUAUCCUGAUGACAUCCCCGUGGCCUGACAGUAUCACCAAUCUUGACGGCAACAAGCCAGAUUGCAAGUACAAGGGCUCCAAGUUGAUCUCCUGGCUUGCUACUCACAUCAAGCCUAGGUAUCAUGUAUCCGCCCUAGAAGGGAUUUACUACGAGCGUCCGCCCUAUAGGAAUCAGAGUCAAAGCGACGGAGACAUGGAAAUAGCCACCAGGUUCAUAGCCCUGGCGCCAGUGGCGAACGCUCACAAGAAGAAAUGGCUGUACGCGCUGAAUCUGACUCCCGUCGACAGAAGCAGACUGUCGGACUUGGUCUUGAAGACAACGGAUGAGACUCUAAGUCCGUACCCCAAGUCUAUGCUCUCCGACGACCCAGCGCAGAAGAAACAGACUCAACAAACACAAUUCUUCUACGACAUGGAAUCGAGAGACACGGUGAAAAGGCCGCGGCAUCAGCACGACGGUGGCAAUAAGAAAUCGAAAAUGGAGUUCGAUCAGUCGAAGUGCUGGUUCUGCUUGUCGAGUCCAGUGGUGUCCAAGCACCUGGUCAUCUCCGUGGGCACCGAAAUUUACCUGGCGCUAGCGAAGGGCGGUCUGGUGGAGGAUCAUCUUCUGAUUCUGCCUAUCACGCAUCAUCAGAGUCUGUCGAUUCUGCCGAAGGAAGUGAAGGAAGAAAUGGAUCUCUACAAGCAGGCUGUGGCUAAAUAUUACGAGGCCACCGACAGGGUGCCCGUGUUCUUCGAGAGGAACUUCAAGACGUCUCAUUGUCAGCUGCAAGCGGUACCCGUUCACAAGAACCAGGCACCCGUGUUGAAGGAGAUGUUCGAGGAAUUGGCCGAGUGUAACAACUUCAAGAUGCUGGAGCUGCCGCAACACACGGACUUACAGCAAAUCGCGAGACCCGGCGCUUUAUACUUUUACGCGGAACUACCGAACGGACAACUGUUGUAUUACCGAAUCAAGAAGGACUUUCCCCUGCAAUUCGGUCGAGAAGUAUUAGCGUCCGAUAGGAUACUGGAUAUCAACGACAGAUCCGAUUGGAAGGACUGUCACAUGAGUCAGGAAGAGGAGACCGAAUUAGCGAAGAAAAUUAGGAGACAAUUCGCGCAGUUUGACAUAGACAGUUGAAAAUUCACGGUGCGAUAUUUCCUAAGCGUACGUACCUACGUGAAUUGUACAUACCUAUGUGAAAUAUUAUAAAUUACAAUCUCGCAAU